AAGCGUGUUCCUACUCUAGGGAAGGCCACAAUACUUGCAAUAGGUAAAGCUUUCCCUAGCCAAAUUAUCCCUCAAGAAUGCUUGGUCGAGGGCUACAUACGUGAUACUAAGUGUGAAGAUGCAUAUAUUAAGGAGAAAUUAGAGCGUCUCUGUAAAAAUACAACAGUGAAGACAAGAUACACAGUAAUGUCUAAGGAGAUCCUUGACAAAUACCCAGAGUUGGCCACAGAGGGGUCACCAACCUUAAAGCAAAAACUUGAAAUAGCAAAUCCAGCAGUGGUGGAGUUGGCAACCAAGGCUAGCCUUGCUUGUAUCAAGGAAUGGGGAAGGCUAGCUCAAGACAUAACCCACAUUGUCUAUGUUUCUUCAAGUGAAAUUCGCCUACCAGGUGGUGACCUUUAUCUUGCAAAUGAGCUAGGCCUUAAGAGUGAUGUUAUUCGUGUAAUGCUAUACUUUUUAGGUUGCUAUGGUGGUGUCACUGGCCUAAGAGUAGCCAAGGACAUAGCAGAGAACAACCCUGGUAGCAGGGUUCUGCUCACUACCUCUGAGACUACAAUACUUGGUUUUAGACCCCCUAACAAGGCUAGGCCUUAUGAUCUUGUGGGGGCAGCACUUUUUGGUGAUGGAGCUGCAGCCGUGAUAGUUGGAGCUAACCCUGUUAUGGGUCAAGAGUCUCCCUUUAUGGAGUUAAACUAUGCUGUCCAAAAAUUCUUGCCUGAGACACACAAUGUGAUUGAUGGGAGACUUUCGGAAGAAGGUAUAAAUUUCAAGCUUGGAAGGGACCUUCCACAGAAAAUUGAAGACAACAUAGAGGAGUUCUGUAGGAAGCUUAUGGCUAAAAGCAAUGUGAAGGAGUUUAAUGAUUUGUUUUGGGCUGUUCACCCUGGUGGGCCUGCAAUUCUCAACAAGCUUGAGAGUACACUCAAAUUGAGUAGUGACAAGCUGGAGUGUAGCAAGAAGGCACUAAUGCAUUAUGGGAAUGUUAGCAGCAACACUAUAUUUUAUGUCAUGGAGUAUAUGAAGGAGUUUCUAAAAGAAGAUGGAGAGGAAUGGGGUUUGGGAUUGGCAUUUGGUCCAGGAAUUACUUUUGAAGGCAUUCUCCUACGCAACCUAUAA